AUUCUAAAAAAAAAGUUGUGUAUGGUCAAUCAAAUGCGGUUUUUUUUGGCUAAACGCAUUGGAUGCAAAGACGCACUGCAUUAAUAUCACUUGUUCUCCUUGUUUUAAUGCAGGAUCAUUCAUGCAUUCGAUAAAGAUAGCCUUAAGUGUGGUCUGAAAUCUUGUACAUUAAAGUGGGACGGAUUUUAAACCUGGAUUGAAACUGAGAUUGCCAACCAAGCCGUGCGUAAUGCCAGAUCACAGAGCGGGGAUGGAGAAAAGAAAAGCAGCAGCUUGAAUGAGCCUCGUGCAGCCUGAUGUUGAAGGUUCAGAAACCUACACUCUGACAACCUUCUUCCAAUAUCGUCCCUCACGCCGAAACCGUUUCCAUGCACAUGGAUGCUGCGCGCUGUGAGUAGACCUGGUUUUGCGUAUUUGCGUAUUUGCGUAUUUGGAGGCUAGCGCGCCCCCGGACACGGUUCCUCGCGAUGCGUGCUCUUGCGACGUUCGGGUCCCUGCUCGCGCUGUGUGUGAUCUCGGCGCGCGGAUGCCAGCUUCCCCAUGACUGGAGACCGCAGACGGAAGCGUGCCGCGCCGAGCUGGCGGAGAUCAUCGUGUUCGCCAGGGUGCUCGCGGUGCACGAGGACGCGCACGGCGGCGCGUACAACUACCUGCCGUGGCAACACGAAGCUGGACUUUUCUUCUCGGCUGAGAUCGAGCUGCAAUGCGACCAGGCGUGGGGCAGCAUGCUGGAGGUCCCCGCCGGCUCGCGCUUCAACGUCACCGGCCUCGGCUACUUUCCAUGUUACUCGUACAGCGUGGUGGAGAACAACAACUACUACUUCUUCUUGAGGAUGGAUGAAAAUUACAACAUCAUCCCUCACGGAGUAAACUUUCAGGACCCCAUCUUUCCCGACACGCCGGAAAACCACCGCAUGUUUGCCAGCCUCUUCCAGUUCUCCAACUGCACAGCCGGGGCGCAGGUCCACACGUACACCCCCGAGUGGGAGGCGCAGGAGGACAGCCGGCUCCUGUGCUCCACGGUGCAGAAAGCUCUCUUUGAGGAAGAGGAGAAGGUUAAAACGCUUUCUCAGAAGGUUAAGGUUCUCGAGAAAGCCAACAACCACCUGAGGGACAAAGUGAAGAACCUGAAGCGUUUGCUGAGGCUGGCCAAACGGGAGACCAAGGAUCAGACGGUGCUUCUCAAACAUCUUCAUGAGCCUGAUCCAGAGCUUCCACAUAAACAGCAAGAUACUACCCCAGUCCAGAAAGCUGGUAAUGGGAAGAUCCUGCCUAGGAAGCUAAAAAACUAGAAAAUUUUGUCUCAUUGCUUCCAAGCUGGGGAAUUUUGCCUAAGUACUGCUGGCUACACAGAUGUAGGUCUGUGUAUCCAUAAAGUUUCCAUAGACUAGUAUGAUAAUGGAUGUAAUAUGAAAGGUCAUGGGCUAUGUAUGUACGUCAGGAUAAACAGAGAAAGGAAAAGAUCCAAAGAAUAUGCAUGUGCAUCAGGCUAGUACGUCAUGACAAGUAAUGUUAAUUAUCAAUGAAUGAAUAUUUACCAGUCAAUUUUUCCAGAUCCACAUAGGAGACAUAUUACCAGGAAACUGCCAAAACACAGUGUCAGACAUUUGCAGAUUCGAUCAUGGUUAGAGAUCAGCGUCUUCAGAGCGAGAAUCAGAACAAAGCAAUAAAAAUCAAAGUCAAAGUCAAGAGUUUUACUGUCAUUCAGCCAGGUAACAGGGUGCAAAGCAGUAUGAAAUAGUAUUCCUCCAAAAGCUCCAAUGUGCAGUUGAAACACAUAACAGUCAACAGCCAAGAGAGGUAACAAAUAAAAAAACAGACAGCAAACUAGACAGUAACGAAAACAAUGCACAUAGAUGGCACAAUAGACACAAAAAUAUGACAUAUGAGAAAUAUUAACCAGUGGAUUAUGAAGUAUCCUAUCCAUUAUAUAAGUCAAUGAGAAAACACUCCAGUUCAAGUAAGAUAAUUUUGAAAGUUAGGGCUAGGGCUAGGGUUCAGACUCUCAGCCAUUUUCCAGUAGACAGCCAUCAGACUGAUGUUAUACCUUCUAGUUCUGCAUUUAUGAAUGUCAAUUUCCACAAUAUUUUACUAUGUAAGGUUAAAAUAGAACUGUAUUUCUGUAUAUUCUUGAUACGUGGUGCUUUUGACAACUCUGGAAUGUUACACUACACUCUUUCCAAAGGUCUUUCAACAGUUCUUCUAUGAUUCCAAUCUGUUUAGUGUUUCUUAUACUUCUGAGUAAAAUAGUUGAACUUUUUCUUCUUUUCUUUUUUUUUAGAUAUGCAAUUAGGGUGCUGAGCACUCCAUAAAUAGAACCACUACUCGGUAUGGCUUAUCAUAAGGACACAUUUUAGUAUUUAGUGAACUGACAAUUUUCUUUGAAAAAAAAAAUAUGAAUUUGUAAACAAUAUUGUUUUUCAUGUAUGUUUAACAUAUUCGUAAGCUUUUAUGUAUGUUAUUAAAAUGUAAAACAUUUUUUACUCAGUUGUAUGUAACUGCCUAAUGUAGAGCUAACAGCUUUUACACCACACCAGCAGGAACUUGUUUUGCAGGCAAUAAAUAGGACUAUAAAUUAA